AUGGCUUCAGAUGCCCUCACGAAUGGCCCGAUAUGGCCCGAUGUAUUUACGAUCAGAGCCGAAUUUGAACAUUUCCUUCAUCGAUUACCUUUCCGUACACAUCGCUGUAAUGUGAUAACCCUAGUGAAUGGGACAAUCCUCAAUCCUAUAGCAGUGAGGAUCUCGAAUGCUCGGCCAUCGUUCCCAGGGGACCCUGCCCUUCAUAUUGCGUGUAAACUGCUACCAGAGUGUGCUGAUAAUCCGUGUGAAAAUGGAGGAACCUGCUUGGAAUUAUUGUCCGGCUACAUGUGCAACUGUCCAGCUAGUUUCACUAGUCAAAACUGUGAGAGUGUCACAACCGAAGAAGAAAUCAGUAGCAUCGGCCUCUCGUCGGCAGCAUCGCAAGUCAACGGCGUAUUAUUCAACACGUGCUAUGACUCCAUCAAGUGGUUCACUUGUUCAAGCAACAUCACCAGUAACCUCUUUGACAACAUCUUCAAUAACAUCUCCGAUACCAUCUUCAACAACAUCUCCAGCAGCAUCUUCAACAACAUCAACAAUUACAUCCCCAGCAGCAUCUUCAACAACAUCUCCGACAACACCAUCUCCGACAACAACAUCUCCGACAACAACACCUCAGACAACACAACAUCUUCAACAACAACAUCUCAGACAACAACGUCUCCGACAACAACACCUAAGACCACAUCUUCAACAACACCUGUGAAAACAUCUUCAACAGCAUCUUCAACAGCAUCUCCGACAACAACUCCUCAGAAAACAUCUUCAACAACACCUGUGACAAAAUCUCCAGCAACAUCUUCAACUAUAUCUCCGACAACAACACCUCAGACAUCAUCUUCAACAUCACCUGUGACAACAUCUUUAACAACAUCUCCGACAACAACAUCUCAGGCAACAACACCUCAGACGUCACCUUCAACAGCACCUCUGACAACAUCUUUAACAACAUCUUCGACAACGACUUCUCCGACAACAACAUCUUCGACAAAAGCUCCUCAGACAACAUCUUCAACAACAUCUUCGACAACGACUUCUCCGACAACAACAUAUCCGACAACAACUUCUCCGACAACAACAUCUUCGACAACAACUUCUCCGACAACGACUUCUCCGACAACGACUUCUCCGACAACAACACCUCAGACGUCACCUUCAACAGCACCUCUGACAACAUCUUUAACAACAUCUUCGACAACGACUUCUCCGACAACAACAUCUCCGACAACAGCUCAGACAACAACAUCUUCAACAACAUCUUCGACAACGACUUCUCUGACAACGACUUCUCCGACAACAACAUCUCCGACAACAGCUCCUCAGACAACAUCUUCAACAACAUCUUCGACAACGACUUCUCCGACAACAACAUCUUCGACAACGACUUCUACGACAACAACUUCUCCGACAACAACAUCUUCAACAACGACUUCUCCGACAACGACUUCUCCGACAACAACAUCUCCGACAACAGCUCCUCAGAUAACAUCUUCAACAACAUCUUCGACAACGACUUCUCCGACAACAACAUCUUCGACAACGACAUCUUCGACAACAACUUCUCCGACAACGACCUCUCCGACAACAACUUCUCCGACAACGACUUCUCCGACAACAACAUCUCCGACAACAACUUCUCAGACAACAUCUUCAACAACCACCGAGACUUUAGAGCUGACGACAAAACAUCUCCUAGGACCAACAGGAAUAUCUAUAGAUGAAGUUUCAAGGACAGUCUACUGCGCCUUCAAAGAUUCGGGAAAGAUUGUCUCGAUUGGGAUAGAUGGUACAGGAAUGAAAGAAGUUGUAACUAACCCGACAGAACCUAGAGCGGUGGAAGCAAGUCCAACUCUCGGGUAA